AUGUCUUCGCCCGCUGUUCAAAACCCUCCCGCUCAGACUGAGUCCAAGUCUGCCAAGAAGAAGAAGGCCAAGGCUGACCAGCGCACUGAGUCCCCUGCUCCUUCAGCUUCCGCAGAGAAGGCCGGUUCGGUAGCUGGUGAUGAUUCCUCCGAGAGCCCCUACGUCAAGGAACUCCAGAAGAACAUCCGCAACAUCUCGAAGAAGAUCAGCAACGCCACCAAGACUGCACAAGUCAUCGAACAGCACAAGGGCAAGUCUCUCGAAGAGCUUAUCGCCUCCAAGAUCAUCAACGCCGAUCAGAAGAGCCAGAUCACCAAGAAACCACAACUCGAGUCACAGCUCGCGCAGCUCGAAGAGCAGCUUGCCCAGUUCAAGAAGGUGGACGAGGAGUACCGAACCCGCGGCGCUUCUGACAAGGCCAAGCUAGAAAGGGACAUCACAGAGAAGCUGGAGAAGGAGAAGGCUGACGCCCUUGUCGCUGCCACCGCCAAGGCUGCUGCUGAUAUCCAGAAGAUCCAACAUGACGGCCUACUCGUCCUCUCCCAGUUUCUGCGACUGGCCGCAGCACGGAGAUCAGAGGAUGCUGAUGCCGCCGCUGAUGAGAACAUGGCUCUGGAGGGUGUCCUGCUGAACGUCUACACAGGCGACGAGAAUGCCGUUGCGACCAUGGUUAAGCUCAUCGAGGGUUCUGACGAGAAGACCAAGAGCGUCAGCGGUGACGAGCUUCAGACCACCUUUGCCCAGGUCAAGGCAGCUUCUACUGCUCACGCCAAGACGUUCGCCUCGGAGCCAGAAACCGAGGUCGAGGCAGCCCCUGACGCCGCAGAGUCCACCCCCGUCGAGCCUACGUCCGACCAGAUCGAGACCGAUCCCACUGUCGCCUAUGCUGGUUUGACCGAGAUUGAUACCACUGGCGCGACUGCUCCUGUCACUGGCGGACACGCCGAACCAACGCCAGCCUCCGGCAUUCCAGCAAGUGCCGAUGUUGGCGACAGCGCAGCCAACGCUGCUGCCGAGUCACAAUGGGACAACUCAAACAAUGACCUGAGCGCAUCAGCCACACAGGAUCAAGAGGAGUGGGUCAAGGUCCCUCGUGACCCUGCUGAGACGGAUACUGGCCUAGAAGCAACGCCCGCUGCCGAUGGACCUGUUCAAUCCUGGGCCGAUGACCACCCUGAACAGUCUGCCGAAACCCCUGCAGCACCAGCCGACGAUGGAUUCCAAUCUGUUCCUCAGCGCAGCCGGGGCCGUGGCCACGGUGAAAGCGGCGGCUACCGCGGUCGUGGACGUGGUCGCGGUGAUGGCUAUAGAGGAGGUCGUGGCCGCGGUGACGGACGUGGCAGAGGUCGCGGCCAAGGCCGAGGCAACUUUGGCGGUCAGGGCGGACGACGAGGUGGAGAGUCGUAG